UCGUAUCUACCAAGGUUUCGGCAAUGCUAUAUAAAGGCGCGUAUAUAAAGGCGUCUCCUCAAAUUCGAUUUUAUAACACAGUCGUGAUCAGCACCAUGAACACCUUGAUCGUCGCUCUUCUCUGCGCAUUCGCAGUGGUUGCAUUCGCUGCACCUCCGCUGCAUUUAACGCAAAAUGAGUUCAUCCCCAUCGUAGCUUCAAAUCUGGACGGACCGAACCCAGACGGUUCAUACAGCUACAGCUACCAAACCGGAAAUGGCAUCCAGGCACAAGAGCAAGGCCAGCUCACCAAGAUCUCCAAAGACGAGGACGCUAAUCGCGUUCAGGGAUCUUUCAGCUACACCGACAACGACGGUAAUCCCAUCAGCCUGAGCUACGUCGCCGAUGAAAACGGUUUUCAGCCUAGUGGCUCACAUUUGCCGGUUGCGCCUCCAAUUCCCGAGGCGAUCCUGAGAGCUUUGGAAUACAUCGCCCAGCAUCCCGAGGAGGACAACCUGUAGAGGCGUUACAGUAACGUACAAAUAAUUCAGACUGAAAUCUCAUUGGUGAUCCUGUGAUCUUAUGAUCGUUUGUGUGCGCAUCCAAAAUUAUAUCUCGUGCCGUUGAUAUAAGAAUGUAACAUAAGACGUGAAAAAUUAAAUACACUUAAUUUAAGUAAAGAGUUUAAGACAAAACAAGAAAUAAAUAGCCGAUUCAAUAUAAUCUAUAAUAUUCUAAGCCCAUCUAUUAUACACAAAUAGUAGCAAAUCGAUUCGAUGUAAUUACAGUGAGUUAAAGCUUCCGAAUCCGUAAUGUGGAAAUUUAUUGUAAAUUAAUCACAACAAAAUUAUGCCUGUCACGAUCUAGGGAUGUGAUAUUUCUAUUUGCAAUUCUAGCGCAUUCAAAUAAUUUUGCAAAUUUCCUUUGCCAAGAGCGUUGUCUCAAGACCAAAUUGGUGCAAUCAAUUAGCACCUGCUGCAUUAAUUAAGGAACCACGUAACGCGCAUACUGUACAUACAAAGCUACUGCAAUCGCAAAGUUUAUAUUAAAUGUUACUUCUGUCGACAAAAUAAACUUGCUUAAACG